AUGCGCGAACUACUAUCCCUGGUGUGGCUGGCUCUCACGCCUCUAGUGUGGGCCGUGACGUACGAUGCGGUGAUCGUCGGCGGCGGUCUCUCUGGUCUCUCCGCUGCCAAGGAAUUGACGGCACGCAACAAGACAUGGGUCGUUCUCGAGGCCCGCGACCGUGUGGGCGGACGCGUGUGGAACAAGGAGCUGCCUGAUGGCCGGCCUGUCGAGGUGGGCGCUGAAUUCAUCGGGCCCACGCAGGACCACGUUAUCGCCCUGUCGAAGGAGCUCGGUCUCUCGCUGUACGAGACACCGACCGAUGGCGACAACAUUUACUAUGCCAACAACAAGGCGCAGCGAUUCCCUACCCUGUUUGGCUCGCUGGUGCCGCCUGUCGGACUGGCCGACACCCUCAAGUUGGCCGAGCUGCAAGGCGAGAUUGAUGAUAUGGCGAAGAAGAUCAACCCGCAAUCGCCCUGGGACACGCCAGAAGCGUCUACGUGGGACGCCCAGUCCGCCAAGGACUGGCUCAAGAGCAAAGGGUCUUCGCAGCAGGUGCAAGACGUUAUCGAAACCACCGUGCAGGAAGUCUUCUCCACCUCGACCGAAAACGUCUCGAUGCUGUACAUGGCGGUCUACGUCGCGGCCUCGGGCGACGCUGGCCAUGUCGGCACGUUUGAGCGUCUGACACAGACCCACCCGGGCGCCCAACAGUACCGCGUGACAGGCGGCACGUACCGCCUCGCCACGGGUCUGCUCGACAAGCUCGGCAAGCCCAACGUCAAGUUCAGCUCGCCGGUCGACUCCAUCACCAAGGGCGACGGCUCUAACGCGACGUACACUGUGACGACGCGUGACGGCACAUCGUACGAGGGCCAGCAUGUCAUCGUUGCCAUGUCGCCUCCGAUGGCCGACAAGAUCAAGUUCUCGCCAUCGCUGCCUGACAAGCGCCAGCAAGUACAGAAGCUGUGGAAGAUGGGCUCGCUAGGCAAGGCCAUUCCGCAGUACAAGACAGCCUUCUGGCGCGAUGACCACUUGAACGGCCAAGCCAUCUCCACCUCAGGCUACACGCGCGCGACGUUCGACAGCACACCAGAGAACAAGGGCCAUGGCGUCCUGCUCUGCUUCAUCCAAGACGACAUGAUGCGCAAGCUAGACCAGGUGGACGAGGACACGAUCAAGGACAAGAUCACACAGGACCUUGUCAACUACUUUGGCGACAAGGCUAAGAACCCCAUGGGCUGGGUCAUCCAGCGCUGGGACUUGGAGGAAUUCUCAGGUGGUGGUCCAACGUCCAACCCACCACUGCAUGCCUUUGCCCAGUAUGGCGAGGCACUGCGCAAGCCUGUCGGCAACCUGCACUGGGCCGGCACGGAGUCGUCUGAUUACUGGAUCGGAUACAUGGACGGCGCCCUUCGUGCCGGCAAACGCGCAGCCCGUGAGAUUCACUAG